AAAAAAAAAAAAAGAGAGAAAAAGGGAAUCUGUGUUCCCACAGGAGCCACCUGUGUCCUGCGAGCCAAGUUCUCUGCCUCCCAGUUCUGGGAUGACUGCCGCCGUUACAACGUCACCGUCAUCCAGUACGUGGGUGAGCUCAUGCGCUACCUCUGCAACUCACCCAAGCGUGCCAAUGACCGGGAGCACGGCGUGCGUUUGGCGAUAGGCAACGGCUUGCGGGCAGUGGUGUGGAAGGAGUUCCUCCAGCGCUUCGGCCCCAUCUCCAUCAGCGAAUUUUAUGGGGCCACUGAAGGCAACGCUGGCUUCAUCAACUACACCGGCAAGAUCGGGGCCGUGGGGAGGGCCAACGUGUUCCUCAAGGCUUUUGCUUCCUUUGAGCUGAUCAAGUACAACGUGGAGCAGGAUGAACCUGUACGCAAUGAAGAUGGAUUCUGCAUCCGCGUUCGCCCCGGUGAGACGGGGCUGCUGGUCAUCAAAAUCACCUCAAGCACCCCCUUCCACGGCUACGCGGGCGACUCCCAGAAGACAGAAAAGAAGAUCUUGAGAAACGUCUUUGUGAAAGGUGAUGCCUUCUUCAACAGUGGUGACCUCCUCAUGAUGGAUCAGGAAAGAUUCCUCUAUUUCCAGGACCGUGUUGGGGACACUUUCCGCUGGAAAGGUGAGAACGUGGCCACGACAGAAGUAGAGGCCACUCUGGCCAUGGUGGACUUCAUCCAGGAGGUUAAUGUCUAUGGGGUGUCCGUGCCAGGGUGCGAGGGGAAGUGCGGCAUGGCGGCUGUGCGCCUGAAACCCGGAGAGAGCUUCGAUGGCGAGAGCCUCUACGCCUUCACCAGGGACACGCUGCCCAUCUACGCUGCACCCCGCUUCGUGCGGAUCCAGAACGUUCUGGAAAUCACUGGGACCUUCAAGCAGUGCAAGGGCAACCUUGUCAAAGAAGGCUUCGACCCCAACGUCAUCACAGACCCGCUCUUCUUCCGCGACGAGAAGAAGAAAUCCUACGUGCCCAUGAACCCCAGCAUCUACGCCAACAUCCUGGAUGGGAGCCUCAACCUGUAGGAAGAGGAGCUCUGCCAUGGUUGAUCGUUUCACAGACAAAUUUGGGGGUGGGGGGGGGAAAAGUCAUUUCUGACAGCACCGGAGCACGAUGAGGGUGACAGGCUGGUUUCAACACUCAUCUUCAUAUAGAAAUUAAAGGCUUAAUUCCAGUAAUUUAGGUCGAGCUGGAUGCCUGGAUGAUGACAGGUGUUUUCUGGACUCCAACAGAUGGUCUUCUGCUUUUGGAGGGGGCAGAUGGUGCCCCCAAACCCUCCCCACUGCCAGGAAGGCACUCGGUGCCAGCCCUAGAAACAUACCGUGCCCCCAAGACACUCUGCUCUUCCAACAAAUACAGCACAAAACUGAUUUAUUUCCCUCCACCCAAUUUUCUGUUAGUUCAAGCACCUCAUCAGCUCCAAGCUCCCCACAGACACACGUUGACACACUCAUCAAUUAGCUCACCAAUUCGGUCGACUUCUCCCUAUAACAGUUUCCUGGUGAGCAAAUCCAACCGGGGAAACACCAUCCUUAAUCCUUGCCUCCAGAUGCGAGCUGUCCCUUUGAUUUUUUUUUUCCAUAAAAACAAACAAA